CACCGCGCGAGCUGCUGGGUCACAUCGCUGGCGGCGCCGCCCGCUCGGCGAGGAAGUGACGAUUGCGCCGUCCCGAGAGCAACAAAGUUUGAGUCUGCGGGCCGCGCUGGCUUGCGCCCCGCACCCCGCGCCCCUCCGAGCCGCCCGGGAUCCAGCGUGCAGGUUCCAGGACCCUGUUGAGCAUCAUGAACUGGGAAGUGUAGCUGGGCCCAAGAGCCUCUCCAGAAGAGGAAGGAGCCAGCAGUCUUCUCUCCGUGCCUGACCCAGUCAUCUGGAAUCUUCUCUGCUCCUGCUCUUCCUCACCAGCUUCUGUUCUGGGGCCAGGCUUCCAGCAGGACCUUUCCCCAGGGGAUGGGCAGCUGGUGAAGGAGGUCUCACUCCCCAGGCUUAGCUGGCUGCACCAUGAACCUCCAGGCCCAACCCAAGGCUCAGAACAAGCGCAAGCGUUGCCUCUUUGGGGACCAGGAGCCAGCUGCCAAGGAGCCGCCACCACCCCUACAAGCCCCACAGCAGUCCCUCAGAGUGAAGGAGGAGCAGUACGGAGGGCACGAGGGUCCUGCAGGGGCUGCCGCCACAUCUCAACCUGUGGAGCUGCCACCUCCCAACAACCUGGCCCUUCUGAACUCUGUGGUGUAUGGGUCCGACAGGACCACAGCAGCCAUGUUGUCCCAGCAGGUGGGCUCAUUAAAGUGGCCCAACUCUGUGAUGGCUCCAGGGCGGGGUCCGGAGCGAGGCGGGGGUGGGGGUGUCAGUGACAGUGGCUGGCAGCAGCAACCAGGCCAACCGCCACCCCACUCCACAUGGAACCGCCUGUCCCUCUACAGUGGACCCAAGGGGAGCCCUCAUCCCAGUGUGGGGGUCUCUACCUACUAUAACCACCCCGACGCACUGAAGGGGAACAAAGUAGGGGGCCCACAGCUGGAGCACUAUGGAACUGCAGUUCGGCCCAUGAUGCCCCAAAAGUUGCAGCUGGAGGUUGGACGACCCCAGGCACCCCUGAACUCUUUCCAUGCAACCAAGAAACCCCCAAACCAGACACUGCCCUUGCAGCCCUUCCAGCUGGCAUUCGGCCACCAGGUGAACAGACAGGUCUUUCGGCAGGGCCCGCCACCCCCCAACCCCGCUGCAGCCUUCCCGCUGCAGAAGCAGCAGCAGCAACAGCAGCAGCAGCAGCAGCAGCAGCAGCAGGCGGCAGCCCUGCCCCAGAUGCAGCUCUUUGAGAACUUCUACCCCAUGCAGCAGCCACCUUCCCAGCAGCCCCAGGACUUUGGCCUGCCACCAGCUGGGCCCCUGGGGCAGUCUCACCUAGCUCACCACAGCAUGGCCCAUUACCCCUUCCCUCCCAAUCCGGAUAUGAACCCAGAACUGCGCAAGGCCCUCCUUCAGGAGGCCCCGCAGCCCGUGCUACCUCAGCCCCAAAUGGCCUUUCCCCGCCGCUCCCGCCGCCUCUCCAAAGAGGGAAUCCUGCCUUCCACCACCCUGGACGGGGCUGGCACCCAACCUGGGCAGGAGCCCUCGGGCAAUCUGUUCCUACAUCAUUGGCCCCUGCAGCCGCCAGCACCUGGUUCCCUGGGACAGCACCAUCCCGAAGCCCUGGGAUUCCCACUGGAACUGAGGGAGUCACAGCUGCUGCCUGAUGGGGAGAGACUGGCACCCAAUGGUCGGGAGCAGGAGGCUUCUGCCGUGGGCAAUGAGGAGGGCACGAGAGCAGGGGGCACAGGAGACUGUGGGCAGAUGAUGCGAGGUGGGGUGAUCCAGAGCACCAGACGGAGGCACAGGACAUCCCAGGAGGCUAAUUUGCUGACCUUGGCCCAGAAGGCGGUGGAGCUGGCCUCGUUGCAAAACACAAAGGAUGCCAAUGGCUCUGAAGAGAAGCGGAAAAGUGUAUUGGCCUCAACUUCCAAGUGUGGGGUGGAGUUUACUGAGCCUUCCUUAGCCGCCAAGCGAGCACGAGAUGAGAGCGGGAUGGUACCCCUCAUCAUCCCAGUCUCUGUGCCUGUGCGAGCUGUGGACCCAACUGAGGUGGCCCAAGCUGGAGGUAUUGAUGAAGACGGGAAAGGUCUUGAACAGAACCCCACUGAGCACAAACCAUCGGUCAUCGUCACUCGCAGGCGGUCUACCCGUAUCCCUGGAAUGGAUGCUCCAGCUCAGGCUGAGGACCUGAAUGUCAAGUUGGAGGGAGAGCCUUCUGUGCGGAAGCCAAAGCAGCGGCCGCGGCCUGAGCCCCUGAUCAUUCCCACCAAGGCGGGCACUUUCAUUGCCCCUCCCGUCUACUCCACCAUCACCCCAUACCAGAGCCACCUGCGCUCUCCUGUCCGCCCAGCUGACCACCCCUCCGAGCGGAGCUUUGAGCUGCCCCCUUACACACCACCCCCCAUCCUUAGCCCAGUGCGGGAAGGCUCUGGCCUCUACUUCAAUGCCAUUAUAUCAACCAGCAGUAUCCCAGCCCCUCCUCCCAUCACGCCAAAGAGUGCCCAUCGCACCCUGCUCCGGUCUAACAGCACUGAAGUCACCCCACCCGUCCUCUCUGUGAUGGGGGAGGCCACCCCUGUGAGCAUCGAACCACGGAUCAAUGUGGGCACCCGUUUCCAAGCGGAAAUUCCCUUGAUGAGGGACCGUGCCUUGGCAGCUGCAGACCCCCACAAGGCUGACUUGGUGUGGCAACCCUGGGAGGACUUAGAAAGCAGCCGGGAGAAGCAGAGGCAAGUGGAAGACCUGCUGACAGCUGCCUGUUCCAGCAUUUUCCCUGGUGCUGGUACCAACCAGGAACUGGCCCUGCACUGUCUGCAUGAGUCCAGGGGAGACAUCCUGGAAACACUGAAUAAGCUGCUACUGAAGAAGCCCCUGCGACCCCACGACCACCCACUGGCAACUUAUCACUACACAGGCUCUGACCAGUGGAAGAUGGCUGAGAGGAAGCUGUUCAACAAGGGUAUUGCCAUCUACAAGAAGGAUUUCUUCCUGGUGCAGAAGCUGAUCCAGACCAAGACCGUGGCCCAGUGUGUGGAGUUUUACUAUACCUACAAGAAGCAGGUGAAAAUUGGCCGCAAUGGAACUCUGACCUUCGGGGACGUGGACACAAGUGACGAGAAGUCAGCCCAGGAAGAGGUUGAAGUGGACAUUAAGACUUCCCAGAAGUUCCCAAGGGUGCCUCCUUCCAGAAGAGAGUCCCCAAGUGAAGAGAGGCUGGAGCUCAAGAGGGAGGUGAAGGAGCCCAGGAAAGAGGGGGAGGAAGAGGUGCCAGAAAUCCAGGAGAAAGGGGAGCAGGAAGAGGGGCGAGAGCGCAGUCGGCGGGCAGCUGCCGUCAAAGCCACGCAGACACUACAGGCCAAUGAGGCGGCCAAUGAUAUCCUCAUCCUCCGGAGUCACGAGUCCAAUGCUCCUGGCUCUGCAGGGGGCCAGGCCUCCGAGAAGCCAAGGGAGGGGCCAGGAAAGUCGCGAAGGGCACUACCUUUUACGGAGAAGAAGAAAAAGGCAGAGACAUUUAAUAAGACCCAGAAUCAGGAGAACACUUUCCCUUGUAAAAAAUGUGGCAGGGUGUUUUACAAGGUGAAGAGCCGCAGCGCGCACAUGAAGAGCCACGCGGAGCAGGAGAAGAAGGCCGCGGCGCUGCGGCAGAAGGAGAGGGAGGCGGCGGCCGCGGCCGCUAGCCCGCACCAGCCUGCCCUGCGGGAUGAGAGCGGUGCGGGCGAGAAGGGCUGAGUGAGGGUGGCCGCCCCUCUCGCUGGACUCCCCGGACCUCCUGCACCCAGGAACCUCAAGAGGGAGCGAGGAGAGGGUCACGAGGACUUUGCUCUGCAAAACCAACGCGACAAUGACAUAAACGGCUCUUUUACUUAUAAAGGCCCCAGGAACAGUGUUAAGGGCUGCAGGAUCCAGUUCUUUUGGCAUCUGAUCUGUUGGAAGUUGUCCUGCUCUCCUGGAAGCCUGAGAGCUCUCCUGGUCUUGGUGGGGGAGGAGGGCUGCUCGGCAGCUGCCUCACUUUGGUCUCUGCUGACUCUCUGCUGCUGCAGUUUCUUCUCUUUGCCUCUCUCCCCGCACCCCGCGGGCUCCCCCCACCCACCCACCCACCCAUUGUCCAGGAAGCCACCGUGGCAAGCCAAGCACAAGCCCACCCCAUUGCAGCAUUAUUUCUCCCCCAAAGGACCUGGAGGGCUGCACAAGCCUUGCCCCAAAGCCCCAGAACAUGGACUCCGUAGAGGGAGUGUGGUGGGCUGGCACCCGUGACCUGCUCAGUGUUCAAUCCUGAGCUGUUUCGGUUCUAACCUGAGUGAAGCCCAGGACAGGCAGUGUCCCUUCACUGUUUGCGAGCAGCCCUGCUGAGGCUGGAAAGUUUUCUCUAGCAUCUGGGGAAGGGGCAGAUUUUGUCUCUGCUCUCAGCCUGCUACAAGGGAAGGGGAUUGUAUAGAGGCUGGAAGCUGCAGGACUAGGCCUGAGAGAGCUUUUGACAAGCCUAGCUCCUGCUUCCCACCUUUUGCCAAAUACCUUUGGGCCCUGGAGGCUGCUAAGGGAGCUUAGCCUCAAGCAGGUCCUGGAGAGGCCCAGCCUGCUUCUCCUCGGUGCCAGCUACCUGCUUGCCUCUGUCCUGCCCUCAGCAGCUGCCACCUAACCCCAAUGUACCCCUCCCAGUGUCGAUGUUCACAGCCACCCCCAUCCUGCAUGCUGGAGAUUUCUGGAUCCUUCCCUGGGAGGGAAGAUCUCCUAACUAGAUUGAACAGGAGCCUUCAUACCUUGACUGGUGUCAUUUGGGAGCUAUUUAUUUAUUCUUAAUAUUUAAUUUUGAACAUCCUCUCAGGGACCAGGGGCCUCCUGCUUUCCAGAGGCCCAAGUGCAUUUAUCCCCAAGUAAGGCACCUUCUUGACAUCCGCACCCCAUCCCCCAAUUCCCAAGGCCCUAGGGUUCCCUCACCUUGUUGCUCUGGAAGCUCUUGCUAAUAGGAAUGGUAGUAGCAUUGAAAGAGCGUGAGAAGGUGGAAGAUGUCAUCAAAGCCACACAGAGACCAGCAGGAGCGGGUGAGAUCAAAGGAGUCCUUGUUGCCCCUCCUGUACUUUCAAAUUGCUUGAGGGAGUUGGCAGGAGGGUAGAAUUUUAGUUUUGUUUGUCAGGCCUGGAUUCUUGCUUGAAGAAGCCAUAUUUGGCAUAGAAUCACUGAAAUGAAAGGGCCAGAAGGUUCUGGAGUCCUCUUCAUUUGCCAGUUCCAUACAGAGCCUGAGUUAUUUUUCUGAUCUCAUUAUUCAACUUUAGUUGUGCAAAAGAAGAUCUAAAUGAAUGUGUACAUGACAGUUCAUGUCAGGAAGGAGCCAGAAAGGUUUCAUUUUGCUACUUCCUUAGGAGAAAAUCUAAAGGCAUCCUGUUGGUAACUGGGAAAGGAGAGGGGGUUUUGUUUUCAUUUUUAAACUAUGCAUUAUCAGGUAUUUUUCACAUUCAUUUAUGCAUUAAUUUAGUUCUAUUAGGACCCCUGCUAGGGGAAUAAUAAAAUUCUCUAACCCCUAGACUCAUGGACAACUAUGUAGAUAGAGCUUCAGCUUCCCUGUUAAGUUUCUUCCACAGGCUUCUACAAACUCAGUCCCAAGAGUGCAAAAAUCUGGUGUUCCCUCUAGAGCAGGAGGGCAGCAAAUUUAGGCUCUCUUCUAAAUCAUUUGUAUAAUAUGAGUGCCUUCACAGCUUAGCCCCAAAGUGCUACUUACGUUCCCCAAGGUUUUUUCUAUUUAAACCAUCUUUGGUUUCAGGCCCCUUUUAUGGACAUGUGAUAACAGAAACCUCCUUCAAUCACAUGAGACCAUUCUGUUCAGUGGUAACAUCAAGUACUUGGAAAUUUUUUUAAAAGUAGGAUUGUACUCUUUUAAACUCAUAGAGAUCAGACCAGGCGAAUGUAGCCAGGGAAAAUCAAGAUGGUACCUUUUGGUAGUAAUCCCACCAGACACCAUAUUUUAGGAGGGCCCAUGCUCCAGAAUACAUUUGUAUCAAGAAUACAGUGUGAAAACUGAAAUGUUCAGAGGGCAGUUGUAAUUGUGGCAAGUGACCUGCAACCAUAGAAGCUGGCACAGGUAUAUCCUUUAAUGGUGCUUUCUCCCUGUGAACACAUUAGCUUGUCUUCGUUGUUUUUCCUUCCUAUUCAGAGUUCAUUGCUUUAAGAAGUUAAGUGACAAAUAUCUCUAGCUUUACAGUGUCCUCUCCUCACCAUCUCACCAUAGCCACCUCCCAACCUCCAUCUGCAUUCAGCUAAGGGUGUGAAACUGACGUAGUGCCUGUGUUCUGGACCAUUUCUGAGGUCUCUUACCUAUCCAAGGAGACAGUGCUGUCAUUACUGUUCUCCAUGCCUUCAGCAGCCCCCUCACAGCUAAGGUACACACCCGCCCCUCUGCCAUCCCACCUCCAGCCCUGGCACGGAGGAGGUCUUGUGCUGCUUAUGUCUAAAGGGAUUGCCUCUAUUUAACUGCCUCAGUGACCUAACCUCUUUCUUCUCAUGUGCCAGAUGUUUAGAUGAAGGAGGAAUUCAACACAUACUCAAGCCUCAGCUGUUCAGAUGUUUUCACUGGGGCUCACUUUCCGGGAUGUUAUUUAUUACCAGACUGGCAAGCCUAACUCCUUAGGUUUACAGGAAGUGCAUAUUUUUAUAAAACAAUUGUGUCCACCCCACAUUUGGCUGUGUUGAUAUUUGCCUCUAACAAUUUGCAGCUGUUUCUCCUUUUCCUCAUUCGUCUCUUAAGUCGAAGGCCUUGUUGGAGGGGACAGAGCACAGGAACAGCCUUGACAGUCUGUAAUUAUUGUAUAAAUAUUUUAAUAGCAUAUAAAUAGUAUAUUCCUUUUAUUUUGAAACGAAAAUGAUCAGACACUGCCUUUUGUGUGUUUGCUGCCUGUGACACCCUUUUUUAAAAAGACUGUUACAUAUUAAAAUAGUGUACAUAUAUAAAUAUUACCUCUUUUGCUGUACAGUUGUGAUAGACCAGACCGAAGAUUUUAUUUUUUGUGUGCUUUUUAUAAAAAAAAUUAAUACACUAAAGAGAAUCUUGCUGAUGUGAUUGUAAUGUACCUAUGUAACUUAUUUACUUUUGAAUGUUCUUCUGUAUCUUUAAACCUUUUAUUAAAUAAGGUUUUAAAAAUU